AAGAUGGAGGUCAAGGAUCACAAAGAGCCUGUCAUGGAAGAUGUACACGAGCGAGUGCUCGGAGAAACGGAAGCGUCGCAGGCGCCCGACGACCGGGUCGACUACCCCUCGGCCGGGGCCAACUCCAUUUACUCGGCCAUCCUCAGCCGGAACGAGGCCGUCAGGGACGCCAAGCGUCUCAAGACCUUCCUGGAGCUGCGGGACAAAUACGUGAAGAAGAAGGUUCUCUUCGAGGACCCUCUUUUCCCGGCCUGCGACUCCUCCCUUUUCUACAGCCGCCACAAGCCCCCCAUGAAGUUUGUGUGGAAACGACCCUCGGAAAUAUGCGAGAACCCUCAAUUCAUUGUGGAUGCCGCCAGCAGAACAGACAUCUGUCAGGGAGAGUUGGGCGACUGCUGGCUGCUCGCAGCCAUCGCCUGCCUGACCCUGAACGAGAAGCUCCUCUACAGAGUCAUUCCUCCAGAUCAGAGCUUCACGGAAAAUUAUGCCGGAAUCUUCCAUUUCCAGUUCUGGCGCUACGGCGAGUGGACUGACGUGGUCGUGGACGACCGGAUCCCCACCUACAACAACCGGCUGGUCUUCACCAAAUCUUUCCGGGAGAACGAAUUCUGGAGCGCGCUGCUGGAAAAAGCUUAUGCCAAGCUGAACGGCUCUUACGAGGCUCUGAGGGGAGGGAACACUCUAGAAGCCAUGGAGGACUUCACGGGAGGCGUCACAGAGUUCUUCGAGUUGUCUGAGGCCCCCAAAGGGAUCUACAAGAUCAUGAAGAAGGCCCUGCAGCGAGGAUCGCUGAUGGGCUGCUCCAUCGACGUUACGUCCCCCAGUGAAAUGGAGUCUAGAACUGAACACGGACUGGUGCGCGGGCACGCCUACUCCGUCAUUGCCUUGGAGGAGUGUGACGAGGUGGCAAAGGACGGCAGAAUUCGCCUAAUUCGCUUGCGCAACCCUUGGGGUCGAGUGCUGUGGAAGGGUCCCUGGUGCCCAAAUUCAAAGAAAUGGGACACGAUUUCUAUUGCGGACAGGAACAACCUUAAAAAGCAAACUGUUGAGGAAAGUGAGUUCUGGAUGUCUUUUGACGACUUCAAGAGGAACUACACGAAGCUGGAGAUCUGCAACUUGACCCCCGACACGUUGCAGGGCGAUGAAAGGCACAGCUGGACCGUGUCCGUCAACGAGGGUCGAUGGGUCCGGGGCAGCUCUGCGGGGGGCUGCAGGAACUUCCCAGAUACCUUCUGGACAAACCCCCAGUACCACCUGCAGCUGUACGAGGACGACGACCCCGAGGACCCGCAGGAGCUUUGCACCGUGGUUGUGGCUCUAAUGCAGAAAGGUCGUCGCAUGCAGCAGCAGUUCGGGCCCCGCUUCCUCACCAUUGGCUUUUCCAUCUACGAGGUGCCAAAGGAGAUGUGUGGCCAGAAUCGACACCUCCAGAAGGACUUCUUCCUGUACAACGCGUCCAAGGCUAAAUGCAAACAUUACAUAAAUCUGCGCGAAAUCACAGAGCGUUUCAGACUGCCGGCGGGCGAGUACGUCAUCAUCCCCACCACGUUUGAGCCUCAUCACGAGGGUCCGUUCAUUCUGAGGGUUUUCUCCGAGAACAGGAGCACCUCAGAGGAAGCGGAGAACACAAUCGAGAGUGACCAAACGCGGCAAGACAAGAAAAGGAAGGACAAGCCCAUUGUAUUUGUGUCCGAUCGAGCGUUCGCCAACAAAGAAAUCUUGCACGAUGGCAUUCAGGGAGAGAAGAAGAUCCAAAAAAAAAAACUCCUCCAGCCCGAGGAGGAAACUGAAGAGGAAAAACAGUUCCGCUCCAUCUACAAAGAAAUUGCUGGCGAUGACAUGCAGAUCUUUGCCAACGAGCUCCAGACCAUUAUGAAGGACGUGGUCUCCAAAUUGCACGAAAAGAUGACAGAGGGUUUCAGCCUGGAGACAUGUCGUAGUAUGAUUGCCCUGAUGGAUACAGACGGGACAGGAAAACUAAAUCUCCAGGAGUUUAAGCACUUGUGGAGAAAAAUUAAGCAGUGGCAUCUGAUAUUCAAAAGUUACGACAAAGAACACACUGGCUCCAUUAGCAGUUUUGAAAUGAGAAACGCCGUGAAUGAUGCCGGUCUCCACCUUAACAAGCAGUUGUACGACAUCAUCGCCAUGCGCUACGCCGACCAGCACCUCAACAUAGAUUUUGACAGCUACAUCUGCUGUUUUGUCAGACUGGAAGGCAUGUUCAGGGCUUUCAAUGCUUUUGACAAGGAUGGAGAUGGACUAAUCAAACUUAAUGUGCUGGAGUGGCUGCAGCUGACCAUGUAUUCUUAAACAUCACCACAAGUCUUAGGGAAAUAUCAUCAGGCCUCACCA